GGGGGCCGAGGCUGCGGGCUUCCACCUGCCCACCGCCCUUCGUGGAGCCUCGCUCGGCUUCUGCGCCGAGACGCGGGAUGCCACAGGCCGCCCGGCGCGGGGGAGGCUCGGAAGGCGGCGCCUGCCGGCUUCGCCCUCCCUCCGCUCGGCCUCCGCAGCCGCCCGGCCAGCCCUCACCAAGAGCGCGGCGGCGGCUGGAAGCGCUCCGGGGGCUCUGCGCGCAGCCGGGGCAGCGGGGUCUUCCGGCGAGGCUGCCGGGGGUGGCGCGGCCCGGGAAGGGAGGCCGCUUCGUGGGGAGAGGCGGUCGGGAGCCUGGCAGCCCUCCGCCCGCCCGCGAUGCCUCUGCUGGCACUGCUGGCGCUGCUGGCCGGCGCGCCCUUGGCAGAGAUUUGUGAAGCUCUGAACGUGACCGUUUCUCCAGGACCCAGAACACAGCAUCUCAUUGGAGAUAAUGUUACUUUAUUCUGCCAUGUUUCUCAAAAAAGGCGAAGAGAAAACCUUUUGGCUGUCCGGUGGGUUUUUGCUCUCCCCUCUGCCCAGGAAUACCUGAUGAUCAAAAUGACCAAAUUUGGGGUCGUCCAGUACUAUGGAAAUUACACAAGUCGCUUCUAUAAGCGAAGGCUUCAUCUUCUUGAGGAGAAACACAGGAUGAUGUACACAUUUUUGAUCCUGAAUAUCCAGCAAGCCGAACAAGGACACUAUAUUUGCAAAGUUCAAGAGAUCAGCAAGCAAAGGAACAAGUGGACUUCCUGGUCCAACGGAAGUGCCUCUACUGAAGUCCAAGUGUUUCCAUCCCAUUUUUUGGAUGAGGAAAAACACAAUGCUUGGGCAUUUUUUGAAGACUUCUCCCUCUAUGCGGUCCUGAUGUGCUCGGCAGGGAUCCUGAGUAUCCUUCUCUUCACUCUGGUCAUCCUCUGCCAGAUCUUGAGCAACAAGAAACGAUCCCACGUGAAACGUACCUUGGUGAAGUCUCCUCAGAAGAGCUUGCAGGACGCAGGGAGUCCCAGCAAGACAGCUGGGUCUCCAGGGCCCCCCACCCAGAGGAAAGGGACAAAGGCGUCCGAGGCACCCCCAGCCAUUCCUGCCAAAGCACCAAUAUCCCACACCUUCUCAAAGCCUAAACUUCUGAAACCACAAAGGAAGGUCACCUUGCUUAAGGGCAGGGAGGAGAACCUGACCUACGCUGAGCUGGAGCUGCUGAAGCCUCACCAGAAAGCCAAAGGCAUUGCAUCGGCCACCGUCUACGCUCAGAUCCUCUUUGAGGAGAACAGUGUGUAAAUGAUGCAGCUGAGAUGAGCCUGUUAACCGGGACACACACACACACACACACACACACACACACACACACACACACAUUGAGAAUUACUUCUCUGAUUUUAAGACUGUGGAAACUGUUUUGAAAGAUUUCAAGGGAAGUUUUUUUAGGUGAAUAAAAACAUUCAAUAAACAUUUUGAAAGACUGGAGGAAUAUGAAUAAAUAGAAAACUGGAAGUUAAACUGUGCCUUUGCAUCAGAACUUGAUCGUGGGAAUAUGAAAUAUUUUAUUGGCUGGGAAACAGCUCUAAGUUGAAGUUAAAGAUGAAUGUGACUAUAAAACAGGGCAAUUUUACAGACCCAGGAUUUUUUAAAAACAUUUCUAUGCAUUUAAGAAAUGUGCAUGUUAAGACCAUGAAGAUGUAUUUUUGAAUAAAUAAAAUUUUCCAUUAAAAAAGGCCACUUUCUUAGUUUUAUAGCAUAAAAUUAUAGCAGGAAUCCUGCAGUCUGCAGGCAGUUGCCCUUGGUGACCUCUUAGGCCCCUUCCAACUCAAUGAUUCUGUGAUCUGUGUAUAUAAAUGGAGGCUCUCCACCCGCUGCCAUCCCUGGUCCUGCUCACAUCCUGAUGAAAAGCUGCCCUUCUUUCCCGCCAACCUUCUGAUCCCCUCCAGGCAG